AUGGAUUAUUUAGAAAAAUUAUGUGAAAACAAUGUGAAUUUAAAUGAAUUGCCUUCCUGUAAAAAAUACCAAAAGUUGAAGGAAGAGAUAGACGAUUGCAGAAUUUGUGAGAGCUAUUGUGAUAAUUAUUGUAGUAAAAUGUGUUGUAAUGUUUGUUGCAACGAUUGCUUUAUGAUAGAUAAAAAUGUGUGUAAUAGUGAUUUCAGCAAAAACUGUGAUAAUGAAUGUGAUAAAUAUAAAAAUUGUAAAGAAACGUUUUGUUGGGAAAAAUUAGUAAGAAAUUAUAAAGAUUGUAAGGAAGCCAUCAAUUUGGAGAAAUUGUCGCAAGGUAAGAUAUGCGAUGAAGUUAUUGACACGAAUAAAUUAUCAGAAUGUAAAAAUAUAACUGAUAAAGAUAAAUUAUGCCAAAAACAUAAAGAAUGUGUAGAAGCUAUUGAUAACAAAAUAUUAAAGAAUAAUAAUAAAAAAGCAUGUAAUGAUAUAUGUAAUGGAUUAAUAAAAUCCACUAUUAUUCUGAAAAAUGAAAAUGAUUUUAGAAAUCAUUGCUCAUAUCUUAGUUUUUGGGUAUAUGAAACUUUAUGGAAAAUAGAUACUACUAACAGUGUACUUGAUCCUUGUGCUAGUGAUAUAUUACAGAGAUUAAUUUUUAGAAUAUCUUAUAAAAACCUUGCAAUGCAGAAACCUUGUUACUUUUAUUUAUAUGGAACCUUCGAGGAAUGGAAAAAAAUGAAAUACUUGCAUGAUUAUUUUAAAAACCACCAACACAUCAUGAAUAAUGUUAGUUACACAGAUUCUAAAAGUAAAUAUUGUGAAUAUGUUACAUCUAUUGUGCCACUAUAUAAGGAUUAUUUAAGACAUUGCUGUACAUAUUUUUACCAUAAGGAUUAUUGGGAUCAUUGUCCAAUGUUCUUUAAUUGUGAUACAACAUAUAGUCCUUAUGUACUGUUAAAGAAUUUAAAUUGUGAAAAUCUAUUAAAUGAUUAUCCAGAAGGAAUAGAAUAUGAAUUAUCUAUUGAUCGCUAUGUUAAAGAAAUAAGUAAAGAAACAGAGUCAACUAGUAAUGGAAGGUUGCCUGAAAAACAAGAAAAGGAGCAACCAUUAAGCAUUAGUCAUCAUGAUAUAAUUAAUGGUUUAAUUAGAGAAAAUGGAAGUUUAACAAGCGACCCCCUUUAUGUUACCAUAGUAUGUGCUUACAGUGUUUUAGGAAUGUUCUUUCUUUUUUUUCUCUUUUACAAGUUUACACCCUUAGGACCAUUGAUUGAUAGGAAUAUGCACAAUAAAAAGAAAAUUAAACGUAAUUUUCAGGAAAAUUGUAAACACAAGUUAUCAUCUACAAGGUUAAGGCAAGGUCAAGGAAGUGCUCGUAAUAAAAGAAUCAGUAUAACUUAUAAUUCAAAAUGA